AUACGAAGUUUAAAAGUGUUUAGUUACGUGGAAAUUAUUUUAAAAAACUGCCGGUCAAACCGAAAAGAUCCCCAAAAGGUAUCCAAGCAUUGUUCUUUAGAUGAGAGAGAAGUGUGAAGGAAGGACAAUGAUUGGACAGGAGAGAAAAUGACGUCAGAAACGGAUCGGAAGUGCAACGGCCUGACGUCACAUCAGGAAGAUAUAAGUCAAAGAUGUCUUAUUUCUUUCGGUGUCUGCGACGGGGUCCAGUUCGUGCGCUGGAAACGGUCGUAGAUUAGAGUAUGUGAGUGUAUAUAUUCUAUAUUACCUUGAAGGUAAAAUCGUUGACGGAAUGGGACAAAGAAGACACCGGAACGAAACGGACCAGUCAUAGAAAAUUGAAGUACUACAACCCUAUAAAGGGAUAUAACUUGCCUUAAUUAAUUAAUUAAGGUGCUUAAUUACCGAUCACUGACUCGUUGUUUGUAUCUGAAUACGAAUAUCACAUCAUGUUGACGUUAAAGAAAUUUCUUCAUUCAGAUGUGCCUCUGGUAUUUUUAUCAGCUUCCAUUAACGAAAGGAAGAUGAUAUAUUUAUAAGGAGCAUCAAUACAUCAAACUCAACAUAUAAAUGAAAUCUGUGUAAAACAACAGCAAAAUACUUCUUCUGGGCGAUGGAAUUAACAGCAACAAUUUGAAGUCUUUGCUGUCUGGAAUAUAGAGGAGAUGAUUGCUUUACAGGUUAAUUAAGCUUUGAUAACUUUACAAAGGCAUAGACAAUUGUCACCUCUUGAUUUAGAUAUUAAGCAAAAUCUCAGAUGAAAGAAGCAUAGCAUUAAAUUAUUCUCUGAAAAUAACAACACAAAUAUAUUCAUAGAAAUGAAUUUCUUUCCUAUUUCAGGAUAUCAUUCCAUGUUGAUUUAAAAGAAACUUCUUCAUUCAGAUGUGUGUCUGAUAUUUUUAUUGAUGUUCAUCAAUUAAAGGAAGACCAUAUAUUUAUAAGGCACAUUCAUCAAUACAUCAACAUCUUUACAUAAAUAAAAUCUUCGACGAACGAUGGGGAAAUAUUUCUUCUGGACAAUGGAAUUAACAGCAACAUUUUUUUUGUCUUUACCAUAUGGAAUGUAGAGAUGAUGAACCUACAGGUUAAGUUUGAGUAACUUUACAAAAGCAUUUACCAAUUUAUAUCUUCUGUUUUAGAUAUUAAGUAAGGUCACCAAUGAAAGUAACAUAACAUUCAAUUAUUCUCUGAUGCAUUUGAACACAAACAUUCAUAGAAAUGAAACAGAUACUUUCAUUGUGAUAUGUUUAACGAAAUUAUUCUUUCAUAAUGAAUAAUUCAACUAAAGCAAAAAUCUCUGAUAAAAGAGAGAAGCCAUAUCACUGUGAUAUUUGUGGUAAGUCAUUCUCUAAAAGUGGUAAUUUAAGUAGGCACAGACGUGUUCAUACUGGAGAAAAACCAUAUCAGUGUGAUAUCUGUAGUAAAUCAUUUUCUGAAAAUAGCACUUUAACUCGUCACAAAUUUAUUCAUACUGGGGAAAAGCCGCAUCAGUGUGAUAUCUGUGGUAAAUCAUUUUCUCGAAGUACUGACUUACCUAAACACAAACGUACUCAUACAGGAGAGAAACCAUAUCAGUGUGAUAUCUGUGGUAAAUCAUUCUCUACCAGUGGUGACUUACCUACACACAAACGUACACAUACAGGAGAAAAGCCACAUCAUUGUAAUAUUUGUGGUAAAUCAUUUUCUAGAAGUAACAUUUUAAUUGAUCACAAACGUAUUCAUACGGGUGAGAAACCAUAUCAUUGUGAUAUCUGUGGUAAAUCAUUCACUAGAAAUAGUCAUUUGACUAGUCAUAUACGUAUUCAUACUGGGGAAAAACCAUAUCAGUGUGAUAUCUGUGGUAAAUCAUUUUCCCAUAAUUCUACUUUAAAUGGGCACAGACGUAUUCAUACAGGAGAGAAGCCAUAUCAUUGUGAUAUCUGUGGUGAAUCAUUCUCUGAAAAUAGCCAUUUAACCAGACACCUACAUAUUCAUACAGGAGAGAAGCCAUAUCAUUGUGAUAUCUGUGGUAAAUCAUUUUCCCAGCAUUCUACAUUAAGUGGGCACAAACGUAUUCAUACAGGUGAGAAGCCAUAUCAUUGUGAUAUCUGUGGUGAAUCAUUCUCUGAUAAUAGCCCUUUAACCAGACACUUACGUAUUCAUACAGGAGAGAAACCAUAUCAUUGUAAUAUCUGUGGUAAAUCAUUCUCAAGAAGUAGUCAUUUGUCUGGUCACAAACGUAUUCAUACUGGGGAAAAACCAUAUCAGUGUGAUAUCUGUGGUAAGUCAUUUUCUGAUAAUAGCAAUUUAAUCAGUCACAAACGUAGUCAUACAGGAGAGAAACCAUAUCAGUGUGAUAUCUGUGGUAAAUCAUUCUCCCACAGUAGUGAUUUGCCUAAACACAAACGUAUUCAUACAGGUGAAAAACCAUAUCAUUGUGAUAUUUGCGGUGAGUCAUUCUCUCAAAAACGCCACUUAAGUACACAUCUGAGUAUUCAUACACACGUGUAACCGUACCAAUAUCAAAAUUUAUUACAACCCGGCAGGACAAGUGAGACCAUAAACCAUGGUCUCUACCUGGGAUGUAGCCAGUCCACUUAUGCAUACCUUUCCUUCUAGAGACACAAAACUCU